AUGACCAUUCGCGUCUCCUUCUGCCUCAACGCCGGUGCGAAGGCUGGCCAGCCGCUCGCCACCGUCGUCGCGAGAGACUCGGCCACCGAGGCGCUGCUGCAGGCGGCGAGCAACAAGCUGCGGCUCAAGAAGAAGGACGCGGCGGCAGCGAGGCUCUUUGUCUGGUCAAAGGACGGGCGCGGCGGCACCGAGCUGCCACGCCACGGCAGCGCGGCAGCUCUUCUACGCAACGACGACCUGCUCGCCGUCUCUGUCGGUGAGGCCCUCGAGACGCUGUGGACCGAGCAGGCGCGGCACCUCAGUGAGUACUACGCCGCCAACGAGCGGUGGUGGGACGAGGACGGGUACGGAGGCGGCAGCGAUGAGGAGGCGAUGAUUGGCGACGGAGGCUCCGAGGAGGACAUCGAGCACUCGCUCCGGUUGCUCGACGCGCUCAAGGCUCGCAGGCCGGCGCUCGCAUUCGGCUCGGCGCUUGGCACUGAGAUGCCUCACCUUCCUGUAUUCCAGCUGGCCCAGCAGUCCAAGGGGCACGUGCUGCUCCGCCGCUUCGAGCGCGUCUGCCUCGUCGAGCCGUGCGCCCGCUGGCUGAAGCAGAGCCGCCGCUACCUCGGCAACAAGCGCGCGGGCAAGUGCGCCUUUGUGCACGCGCGGCUCGAGGAGCUCGAGGCGCCGUCGGCGCGGCCGGCUGCUGCUGCGGCGGCGGCGCAACUCUUCGACCUCGUGUGGGUCCAGUGGACGCUGCAGUAUCUCGUCGACGCACACGUGGUCGCGGCCCUCCGCUCCCUCGCCUCGCGCCUCUCGGCCGGCGGUCCGCACGGGCGGUACGACGUGACGCGGCCGGACGAGCACCACGAGUGGCUGUUCGCCUGCGCGGGGCUCGAGGUGGAGCACGCGGAGAGCGGCUGCGUGGGCGGCGAGGUGACGGCGUGGGUGCUGGUGAGGAGGGCGGGAGGCGGCGCGGGCCGCACGCCAAACGAGUGGCGGAGGCCGCACCGGGCGGGCGACGGCGAGGAGGCGGCGGCGGAGGAGGAGCGUGUACGGCGUGUGGUGUGA